AUGUUAUCACCGGACUUAUUCGAAAAAUUGGAUAAAAUUACCUUAAACACGAUUCCGGCCUUCGGUUAUGUACAGCUUGUUAUAUGCGGCGACUUUUUCCAGCUCCCACCAGUUGACGUUGAAAGUAACAAAACCUGUUAUAAGUGCGGCGAAUCUGUUAUUCCCAUCAAAGAAAGAAAAUACCUCUGCGAGGAUGAUGAACGUACCACCAAGGAAGUACCACAUCUUGAACGCAUUCAUGCAAUGGGUGUAAACUCGGUCACUUGGACGACCUGUACACGAACACGAUCGGGGAUUGAAUGUGGACAUCUCUGGAAUGAAACUGUGAAAUAUUGCUUUCAGACACAAACAUGGUCGCAAAUCAAUUUCCAUUAUGCGAUUUUGACGAAAGUAUUUCGACAAAAUGAUCAAAAAUGGAUUGACAUGCUUUCGAAGAUUAAGACUGGGGAUGUGACAGAUGAGAUUCUAAACUAUUUAGUAACUUUAAAUAGGCCUUUAAAACCGACCGAAAGCGGCAUUAUACCGACCAGGCUAUAUUCCUACCGCAGAGAUGUUGAACGAGAAAACCAAGAGGCAUUCAACAAAUUAAAUUCAAAAGUUUGGGAAUUUACUGCGGUUGAUCAAGGGUUUUCGGUAAGCCUUGAUAAAAAGCAGAGUUUUGGGUUAUCAAAACCAGAGUUGGAAGCACAACCCUUCUUCAAUAACCUCCCGGUGACGGAAAAUCUCAACCUUCGAUACGGCGCGCAGGUGAUGCUUCUCGCAAAUAUUGACUUCGACUCCAAGCUUGUCAACGGCUCUCGUGGCGUUGUAACCGGCUUCGUCACCUACACCAGAAGUCGCCUUCUUGAAGGGAAAAAAGACGAUGUAAAAAAAGAGCUCUCCGAUUACUUCGCAAAGAAAACCAAGGAGGCUGACGAAACCAUCUGUAUACCAUUGGUAACCUUCCGUGAAACUAACAAACGCUGCCCUAUCCUUCCGGUUCUCUGGAAAGAGGAAAUCUCGCAAUGGCUCAGCCCCACCGAGAAAACAAACACCUUAGUUCUGAGCAGGAAACAGAUCCCGCUUGGGCUGGCGUGGGCAACGACAAUCCACAAGAGCCAGGGAAGCACGCUUGACUUUGCUUCCGUGCAGGUCGCCGGGGCAUUCGACCCCGGGCAGGCCUAUGUUGGGUUGAGUCGGUGCAGGUCAACAGACGAUAUGCAGGUUCUGGGGCAUAGACAUAGCCUGAAAAAAGCGUGUAUGUCGAACGAGAGCGCUUCGAAGUUCUACGACUAUAUGACGGCGGAAGCGGAGAAACUGCGGACGGAAAGGGGGAAAAGAAGGGCCCGUGAAUCGAGUGGGGAGUUUGGUGUUUUUUCUUUGUGA